GGGUAUGCGGCCGGAAGCGGAAGUCCCGGUGGGAAAGUUCUGCCGAGGCACCCGGCAGUCGGCGUCGGUGGGGCUCGGGUCCACGUGGGGCCGCGGCGUGCGAGCAGGGGGCGGGGGGCAGGCAGCAGCAGCGAGAGUCGCCCCUUUCCGGCCGCGCGGGCCUCAGGCCACCCGGCUCCCUCGACUAGAGCGGACGUGCACGCUCGCUGCGACAUGGACACCCCCCCGCUGUCAGGUUCGGACUCGGAUUCUGAUGAUUCUCUGGUCACCGACAGGGAGUUGCAGGAUGCGUUUUCCAGAGGGCUCCUGAAGCCAGGCCUCAAUGUGGUGCUAGAGGGGCCGAAGAAAGCUGUGAACGACGUGAGUGGCCUGAAGCAGUGUUUGGCUGAAUUCAAGCGGGAUCUGGAAUGGGUUGAAAGGCUUGAUGUGACCCUGGGUCCCGUGCCGGAAAUCAGUGGACCUCAGUCAACCCCUCAGAACAAGGAUCAGAAAGCCUUUGAUCCGGAAGAUGACUUCCAGCGGGAGAUGAGUUUCUACCGGCAAGCCCAGGCCGCUGUGCUUUCCAUAUUACCCCGGCUCCAUCAGCUCAAAGUCCCUACCAAGAGGCCCACUGACUAUUUUGCAGAGAUGGCCAAGUCUGAUCAGCAGAUGCAGAAGAUUCGGCAGAAGCUGCAGGCUAAACAGGCCGCCAUGGAAAAGUCUGAAAAGGCUAAGCAACUGCGAGCGCUUAGGAAAUACGGGAAGAAGGUGCAAACAGAGGUUCUUCAGAAGAGGCAGCGAGAGAAAACACAUAUGAUGAACGCCAUUAAGAAAUAUCAGAAAGGCUUUUCUGAUAAACUGGAUUUCCUUGAGGGGGAUCAGAAAGCUGCUGCACGGAAAACAAAGGAAGGAGCCAAAGGCCAACAGAUGAAGAAGGGGCCCAAUGCUAAGCGACGCUAUAAAAACCAGAAGUUUGGUUUUGGUGGAAAGAAGAAAGGCUCCAAGUGGAACACUCGUGAGAGCUACGAUGAUGUAUCCAGCUUCCGGGCCAAGACAGCUCAUGGCAAGGGCCUGAAGAGGCCUGGAAAGAAAGGAUCAAAUAAGAGACCUGGAAAACGAACAAGAGAGAAAAUGAAGAGCAGAACACGCUAAGCAGCAUCUUUGUAUAUGAGGAACCAAGAGAAAGGGAUGCAGACUUGGGAUUUCACAAUACAGUUGGAUCAUCUUUUGGUUUCUUUUUGUAAAAAAUUCUUUCAUAAACUAAAAAAUUUUCAAAGAAACACAUCCUCUUGGUUAAAAACUCAGGACUAAAGGAUUGAGAAGUUACUUUUAUGUAUUAAGAUUGCUGUUUAUUGAUGAUAAUUUAGACUUUGAGCCCAAAUUGCCUUCCUUUUAUGAUAAUUGGAGAUUUAAUGUAUACCUUCCUCAUCCUUCCAGGUAAUUGUAUCAUGGGUUUAGAUAAAUCAAGGAUCAGUGUUUAUACAUUAUGAUUGUUAAAAUACCAAUCACUGUCAAACUAGUUGUACUCCAAUAAAAUUUCCUUUGUGAUACA